GUUCAAGGCCGACCAGGGUUGUUACACAAAGAAACCGUGCUUCAAAAAAAAAAAAAAAAAAAAAAAGGCCCAAGGAAUCCGUUGGGCAGAAGCAUUUCCCCUGUGGCCAGAUCUGCAUAGCACUGCCCCCUUCUGACCUGAAACCCAGCUGCUACCUGUGGGCUUCCCCUGACUUCAGACAGUUUGGUUGACCACAGCAGGGUGGGGAAAGCCUGCCAGGGGCCUGACUUGGCCUUGAGAUUUCGAGCAGACACAACAAAAGGUGGAGCGCUUGCAGGCAGGAGAAGAGCCAAACAGAUAGCCAGCCCAGCCUGCCACUCGGACCCUCCCUGCUCUCAACUCCAGUCCUCUUCCACAUGGACAGGCACCGUACCAUCGUGCUCAUCACCGGCUGCUCCUCCGGAAUCGGCCUGCACUUGGCUGUUCGCCUGGCUUCUGACCCUUCCCAGGGCUUUAAAGUGUAUGCCACAUUGAGGGACCUGAAGGCACAGGGACCGCUGCUGGAGGCGGCGCGGGCUCGGGGAUGCCCUCCGGGCUCCCUGGAGACACUGGAAUUGGAUGUCAGAGACUCAGAAUCUGUGGCCGCUGCCCAGGCACGCGUGACGGAGGGUCGUGUGGAUGUGCUGGUGUGUAAUGCGGGCCGCGGCCUAUUCGGGCCCCUGGAAGCGUAUGAGCAGGACGCAGUGGGCGCCGUGCUGGACGUGAACGUGGUCGGGACCAUUAGGAUGCUGCAGGCCUUUCUGCCAGACAUGAAGAGGCGCCGCUCCGGGCGUGUGCUGGUGACCGCGAGUGUGGGAGGCUUGAUGGGUGAGCGAAAGGGACAGAGUGAGGGGGGCGCAGAGCAGGGCGAGGAAGCGGCAAGGCCUCUACAACCUUGUCCCCCUUCCCUAGGGCUGCCAUUCCACGAAGUUUACUGUGCCAGCAAGUUCGCCGUGGAAGGUCUGUGCGAGAGUCUGGCGAUCCUGCUGCCGCUCUUUGGAGUCCAGAGCCAUGGUUCUGUCAGGACCUGCUGCGAGGGCUCUGCCCCUUUCGCCGACCUCCCUUUGUGGAGCGAGGGCAAGCCUGGGAUCACCGCUCCUCACUGGCCGCCGCGGUUGUCCCCACAGCCUGAGCCUCAUCGAGUGCGGGGCAGUGCUCACAGCCUUCCACGAGAAGCUGGAAGGCGGCCCCGGCGGGGCCCUGGAGCGAGCAGAUGCCCAGACGCGUCACCUCUUUGCGCACUACCAGGGUCAUUACGAGCAAGUCCUGAGGCAAGCGCAGGACCCGGAGGAGGUGGUGGAGGUCUUCCUGACCGCGCUGCGAGCCCCGCAGCCCGCGCUGCGCUACUUCUCCACGGACCGCUUCCUGCCGCUGGCUCGCAUGCGCACGGAGGACGCCAGCGGCAGCAGCUACGUUGCCUUCAUGCGCCAGGAGGUCUCCAGCGCCCUCAUCUGCGUUCCGGAGUGUGUGUCUGAAUCAAGUUACCAGGAAAAGAACUAAGCCAGAGUCCUUGUUUCAGAAUUUGUUUUGGUUUUGAAGCGGGGAGCUGGUGUGCAGCUGUUGGCCUGCUGGCCUGCCCUCAGGGACCUAGCGGUUUCUUAUGUCAUCAUCUGCCACUGCCCGGUGUGCCAGAUGGAAGCACAUCCCGUCGGGACCCGCCCCCCCCCCCACGCCUGCGCCCUCCACUCCUGCUGUAGUCACCCUCUUUCUUUUCCUCUCUGCCCUUCUCUCUUUGCCCUCUUGGCUAGCUGGCUGCCUGGACCUAUUCUCUAGCCCCUCUUCGCCCUUCCCCCAAUAAACCUCCUUAUUUAU